AUGCCUGCUGCAAUGACACCCGGACAGCUUGUACUUGAUAAGCCGCUCCCGCCCCUCUACGUUCUAUCGGAGUCGACUUAUGUGCACCGACAUGAGCAAGGGACAUUGAUAGAGCAGAAAAACGAGUUGGAUAUCUUGGUACGAUUCAACGAGCAACGAACGAUUUUCAAAGCCUGGCCCAUUGCUCCUAUCCCGGGACUUGCUACUUCAUUCCACACCCCAUGGCUAGUUCUUGUGGUAGUCCCACAGCCGUCAGAAGAUCUCGUUUUUCCUAGCCUCGAUGACAACUUUCACAUCGAUUUCGAAAGCAGAAUCGAACUGCCAGAUGGGACAUACUCCCUGGUCAAUCUGCCUGCAACACGCAUAGGCAACCCCUAUGGAGAUGUAGAUUACCUCGUCAGCAAGGGAGUUGCAAAGUGCGCGGCCUUCAAGGUCGACGUGUGUAGAUCGUGGAAGAAUGAAGAAGGCGAACAAGUGAGCCUUGAUCUGAUGUCUUCGAUGCAAACUGCUUCUUCUCUUGACGAUUUCGAAAGCAUCUCCCUGGACGAGUCGAAACAUCAAACAAUAACCAUCACUUGGGACACCUUCUCGAAUACAUUCGAGGCCGAGCUUUCAGCACUACGUCGGCUAACACAGGAGUGCCAACUGGAAAGUCGACAGGUUGGACAAAAGUCAAAGGCAGCAUUCGAAAUGAUCCUCGAUCUAAAAGGUAGCGACAAGACCUUUUUAGAUCUCUAUAACCUGUUCCCCCAUCUGAAGAAUCCCAAGGCUUCGGAGCACAAGAUCAGGUACACGAUCCUCCAAAAGUUUCGCUCCUUCAACAGCGACCACCUCGCCGCCUUUAGGGGACUGAGGAGAAUCCCAAACGGUCUUUACUUCGUCAACGGGUGCCCCGGUGCAGGAAAGACGGAGUGGAACAUGGUUGUUUCUGCCCUUCUUCAGUCAAAACGACGCCCCGGUGCGAAAAGGAGAAGCCCCAUUCUUUUCCUGGUUGACCUGAACAAAACUGUCGACGAUGCGGCUGAUCGUUACUACGGCCUUUGCAAAGAAGCUGGGCUAAAACUGCGGAUUGUUCGAAUGCACGGUUGGCCGUAUGAGAUCAGAAACAGCUCGAAGCUAAAUACGAGCACUUCUGGAGAACAUGACGGACAUGGUACGGACUUUACUAAAAAAUUCCUUGCUACGAUGAGCAUCAACAAGAGCGUUUGCGUAGGGCGCAAUCCCAACAAGGCGCCUACCUUGGAUGAAGCGGCGUGGGAGUAUUAUGAGAAGCACCGAAAUGACGGCUUUUCGGCAUUGAAGCGAGUGCUGAUGCGAAUGGACACUGGCGAGGUCUUGGACAACGACAACUGGAAGACCCUGAGGACGCAAGUUACAAAAUUGUAUACGGCCGUUCUCAGACAAACUGACUUCAUUGCAACAACACCUGUAGCGGCCUAUGGUGGAUUCUCUAGACACUUCAAGCCGGAAAUCAUCUUUGUCGACGAAGCUCCGCACGCACGUGAGCUCACUACAUUGAUCCCCAUUGCUUAUUUCGAGCCCAUUGCUUGGAUCAUGACCGGAGAUGUCAACCAGACCAGGCCGUUCGUGAAAAGCGGCGAUGUGCGGGAUACCAACAAACAAGGUCUCGAAUUCAACCCGUUUGCCGAACAAAUGCGAGUUAGUCUCAUGGCUCGAGCGGCAAAGGUCGGAGCGAUAAAUAGCUCGUUGCUAAUCAACAAGCGAGCGUUCGGCAACCUGCAAAAGUUGCCAUCCGCACUCUUUUACCACGGGCGGAUGAUUUCUGGUUAUUCGGCAAAAGAACAGUUCCCCGGAACAGUGAGCUACUUGCGCACCUACCUCGAAAAACUCGGUGGCGGAAGUAAGUUGAAAGAGAACCGUGCCGUCAUUGCUCUCACAAAGAGUAAGGAAGAGACACACUGCCGCAGUUUCUGGAAUCCUGUCAACCACCAGUGGGUCGUGGGUCAAGUUCAAGCACUACUUCAAGACCCUGAUUUCCGAUGUGUCACGGACGUCGAACAACCUGGAAGGGUCAUGAUACAGACCCCAUACAGUGUUGCGAUGCGCCAAUACACUCACGCGGUCAAGCAGUGGCCUGACGAAUGGCAGAACAGGGUUGAAGUUUUGACCGUAGAUAGGGCCCAGGGGAAUCAGGCGGAUAUGGUUUUUCUCGACAUGGUCCGAACAACUCGACCCGGAUUCAUGGACGAACCACAGAGAAUGAAUGUUGCGAUUACUCGGGCGCGGCAGGCGGAGGUCAUACUGAUGCACCCAGAGAUGACAUUUCGCCUCCGCGCUGGUCUACGGGUUCCAACCGACUACACUUCGAAAGUAUGGAACGAUGCAGUACAGGAUGGCCGUAUGUUUGUGUUGUAG